AUGGCGGCCACUCCCGACGAGGACAUCUAUCCGCACGAGCUCGAGGUUCCGCCCUUGCACGCGCUGGUCCCGUGCGAUCGGAUGGGCCAGCAGCGAUGGCGCGACCGAGUCGGAGGAUCGGGCCGCCUGGUGGCCCGCCCGACGUACGGCGACCACUGGCUUCCUCCGCCCCUCGUGUUCACGGAGCUUCUCGAGUCCUGCGGCGCGGCGGCGCCGGAGGCGGAGGAGGCGUCAGCGCUGGCGCCGAGGCCCGAGGACCUGACGGCGCUGGGUGGGACAGCGACUCCUUCUGAGGGCCUCGAGCGAGGCUCGGGGAGGCUGCCCGCAGUUGGCAACCAACGCUGGCUCGUCAUGGCUAGCGAGGACGACAGCGACGUGAAUGUGCUCGCCGACUUCGAGAGCUGCGAGUGGUACGCUAUGAGCGGAGGACUGGCCCUCGCCAAGGCGGGGGGGAAGUGUUACUUUGUGAAGGCGGUGACGGAGAAGGAGGCCGAGAGCUCGAUGGACGCCCGCGUGAUGCCGAUCCUGUACGGGCUCGACGGCGAGAGGAGGCGGGUGUUCAAGGACGCGGUGCGCGGCAUGACAGAGACGGCAUGGCCGGGAUGGCCAGUCAAGGGGCCGCGCACCGCGCUGUGGUGCGUCCGCUUCCUCGCGGAGCAGGACUCGCACAGGCGCGCCCGCCACUCCAAGUGGCGCGCGGAGUGCGGCCUCGGGCCUGGCGACGUCGGCGUGUCGGACCACGAGCUGGCGAUGCGGGCGCUGGAGCUUGGCGCGGGCUUCGACCAGCUCAACCUGACCGAGCUGUUGCUGGUGGAGCUCCUGGUGCGCCGCGCCCAGCUCGCGGAGUGGCGCCGCCGGGAGCGGCUGCUGAAGGGCAGCGGCGACGAGUACCUGGAGGAUGAGUACCUGUACAUGGGGACCUCGGAGACGAGGGGCUUGCUGAUGGUGUGCCCGACGCUCGUGGGGCACAUCCAGGCGGAACUUCACAAGGAGGCAACGCUCAUGAAGGAGAAGCGGAAGCUUCGCGAGGAGAGGAUGCUGUCGCGCGGCCACGGCUCGGGCAGCGGCGGCAACAAGGUGCUGCAGGACAAGGUGGCGGCGCAGGCGGCGGAGAUCAGCAAACUCCAGGCGAAGCUGAAAGGCUGUGCACGCUACCAGUUCAUUGUACGGACAUUGAGCUCCACGUCAGGAGGGCCGCCUGACGGACCUCGACUUCGACCUUUCUCCGAUCCGAAAUUAGUGCAUUGCAAGAAGACGUACGCUCGCUUCAUUGGGGAGCUGCUCGUCAGGGGCCUGAUCGACCUCGGCGAGCGGACCGAAGCUACGGUGGGCAUCUUCUUUGUUUUCAAGAGCGACAAGCGGUCCCUCCGCAUGAUUGCGGACACGCGGGUGGCGAACGUGCGGUUUCGACCUCCCGCGCACUCGGAGCUCCCGACUGCGGGGGCUUGGAGCAGCUUGGCCGCGCCGGAGGGGAAGUCCCUCCACUUGGCCCAGAUGGACGUGGACAACGCGUUCUACAGGGUCGCCACGCCGCCCGGGCUUCGCGACCACUUCGUGCUUCCCGCGGUCGACCUCGACGUGCUGCGGGCCGAGCGGCCCGACUUGUCCGCCCAGCUGCCGGCUUGGCGGAAGGCGUCGCCGCGGCUGGCCGUCUUAGCCAUGGGCUGGAACUGGAGUUUCUUUUUCUGCCGGCAGAUGGUGGAGACGCAGGUCCUCCGCAGCGGGCUGGCGUGGGAGCGGCUGGCUCGCGACCGGCAUCCCGCCCCUUCGCUCGAGGAGGGGCCCGCCGCGGCAGUCUACGUCGACGGGGCCGCCGUCGUCGGCCUCGACUGCGCGGAGACCAUGGAGACGGCGCAGCGGGCGCGGGAUUCGCUGGAGGCGAGGGGCCGCGUCGGGCUCAGCCGCCGGCGCAUGUGGCGCAUCCGCCUGAGCUUGCUGCGCGUCGCUGACCGCGGGUCGGCCACUGGCGACGGGGUGCGGGUGCUUCUCGGCCACUUCACGUGGGGCGCGCUGGUGCGGCGCGAGCUGCUGUCGAUCUUCUCAGCGACCUACCGCUUCGCGUCCUGGGAUGGCGGGCGGCGGCGCCGCUUGUGGAGCGCCGCGGAGGCCGAGCUCCGCAUCGCCGCCGCGCUCGUGGUGUUCAGCUACGUGGACUGCCGCCGCCAGCCCGACCCCGUGGCGCUGGCGACCGACGCCUGCGGGGCGACGGACGCCGACGCGGGAGGGUUCGGCGUGGUGAGCCGCGCUUGGGACCCACAUGACGUCGGCCGGGCGUGCUCGCAGGCAGAGCGGUGGCGCUACCGCGUGUCAGAGGCGGUGGCAGCUCGGGCGCGCGCCCUCGGGCUUUCGGAGCGCCUGCGCGCUGCCGAUUGCCUGCCGCUGCCCGUGGGGGCCGAAAAAAAUCCGAGUGCAUGCAGCCAGGGGUCUUGCGGUUUGGCCAAGUCUACACCUCUUGCGAGGACCCGGCGCCCCGUCUCGGACUUCGAGCGGACGUUCGGGGACAUGUGCUCUGGGACCGUCUCGUUCGAGCAGAUCACCUCGGAACACGUCGGACCCCUCGAGUCGUGGCAGCUUCGGGUCAAGGGCAGGUUCAGCAUAGCCGAGAGCAUCAUCCGCCUUGAAGGGCAUGGGGUCGUGAUCGGCAUUCGUCAUCAUCUUCGGGUGGCCUCUCGUCGUGGGCGCAAGCUGCUCGUGCUGUGCGACAACUUGGGCCUCGUGCUGGCCCUGGGGAAGGGCCGGGCGGCCGCUCCCCGCGUGAACAAGGCAUGCCGCAAGGCUGCCGCGCUAAGCAUCUUCGGGGACACGUCGGUUACCGUUCGGUGGAUCCCCUCGGAGCUCAACCCAGCGGAUCGGCCCUCUCGCAUGGCUGGCGCCUUGGCUCGAGAUCCGCGGGCGGACCCUCGCAGCGCUUGCUUCGACCCCGCAGCGGCGCCACAGGGCGAUGCGCAGACUGCGCUGGCCGCGGCGGUGGACGAGGCGCUCCUGUGCGGCGAGCUCGACGGGCUGGGGCGGCCGCGGGUGGGCGUGGCAGCGGCGGGCCGGCGCUUGAUGCGGGUGCCCUUGCCAGCGCUGGGCGAGCAGCAGACGGCGCCGCAGGCAAGGGUGGCCGAGCGGAUCAGCCGCCGGGCGACCCGCCGCCGCUCUGCGGCGGCGCUCGCGGCGCCCCCCAGGCUGCCCGGCAGCAGCCGCUCGCUGAGCUUCUUGGGGAGCAGGCGCGUGACGGACAAGAGCCGCGACGCGCUGGGCCGCGAGGUGGGGGCGUUCAGGGCGUGGUGCCUGGAGCAGCGCAAGGGCGUGAGCUCGAGGGCGGCGCUCAACGAGACGCUCGUGGAGUACCUGGACUGCCUCUACUUCGACGGCUACAACCACGAGAGGGGCGACGCGCUGUUGUCGGGCCUGGCGUUGGAGGAGCCGAGGUUCAGGCGCGGCGGCGAGGAGGACCUGGCGCGGGCACGCGCUGCCCUCCAGGGCUUCCGCCGCCUGGCGCCUGGGCAGGCCAGGAUGCCGCUGCCGCGGCCCGAGUUUGCUGCGCUGCUGGGAGCCGGAGUCGUCGCGCUGGGUGUGGACUUCGGGAUCAGCCUGGCGAUCGCGUGGGAUGGAGGGCUGCGGCUGCCGAGCGACAUCAUGAGCCGGCAGGGCCGGUCGCUCAUCCCGCCCCCGCCAGGCUCCGGAGUUCAGAACUGGGGCCUGCUGUUGCACCCCGCCGAGGCCGACGGCCGGAGCAAGGCGGGGCACAAGGACGAGGGGCUGCUGCUCGACGGGGUCUUCGCGAGGGGCAUCGAGUCCCAGCUCUGGCGGCUGAAGAGGGCGGCAGGGGACGCCGGCAGCUUGCGGGCGUUCACGGCCGCGGAGUUCAGGGCGGGCUUCAAGCGAGCGGCCGCCAUGAUCGGCCGGCCGGCCCUGCGCCCGUGCCAGGUGAGGCGCGGGGCAGCGAGCGACGACGCGCUGUGCCAGAGGCGGUCGUUGGCCGAGAUCCAGGAGCGCUUGCGGCACGCGCGCCCCGAGAGCACGCUGAGGUACAAGAAACACACUCGGUACCUCGCGGAGCUCGGGAAGGUGCCCCCGCGCGUGAGAGCGUGCGGGGAGGCGGUGGAGGCGCAAGCCGCAGCGCUCCUGAGCGGCCGCGUGGCGCUGCUGCCGCCGUGCGACUUAGCCGCAACGGGGCGCUGCGCUGGGCGCCUGCUGCGGCUGGGCGACGCGCUUGUGCGGAGCAGGCCGCUGACAGCAGCCGCAAUCCGAGCAAGACUGAGCGAAGCGCUGCGCCAGGAGCUGGGCGACCGAGCCUCGUGUUAUCUUGAUCUUUUUUCAGGCGCAGGCGGCGUUGCCCGCGCCAUCAGGCGUUUGCACGGUGUAUGCCUUGAGAUGGAUCUCAAGCACUCAGACUUUUUCGAUCUGUCUUCGAAGGUGGUCGGACAGACCAUCGUGGGAUGGAUCGCCAGCCGCCAUGUGCUCGCUGUCGCUGCCGCUUUCCCUUGCUCAACCUGGUCGCAGGUGGCGCGGCGAAGGGUCCAGGAUGGGGACAACCAAGUCGAGCCCCCAGCCGAAGGCGAGGCGGCGCCCCCAGCCGAAGGCGAGGAUCCACCCCCAGCCGAAGGCGAGGCGCCGCCCCCAGCCGAAGGCGAGCAGCCGCCCCCAGCUGAAGGCGAUCGGCCGCCGCUGGAGCUGGCCUCCCUGUUCGGGUCCCACAUGGUGCUGCCGGCGGGGGUGGAGGUGAAGCUCUUCGGCUGGGCGCAGCCGGACAGCGGCUCCGUGCGGGUGCAGUUCGUCGGCGGCGAGGAGUUCUGGACCGAGGUCGAGUACGACACCUGGAAAUGGGAGGUGAUCCUCUCGCCCAGGGACAUCUCGAUGGACCCAGUGGAGAUCAUCGUGAGCACGGACCUGGACUCGAUCAGCCUUACCGACGUGGUCUUCGGCGAGCUCUACAUGUGCGUGGGCGCCAGCAACGUGGACUUCAGGCUCGACUGGUCCACGACGGCCGCGGAGGCCCUGCAGGAGACCGAGACGUACGGAGACCGCGUUCGGAUCCUCAAGGUCAAGAAGCAG